GAUAUUUUGAUUCACAAGCGUUCAGCCACUAUCGCGGGACCGGUUGGAAGCGGCAAGUGACUUUUAUUAAUUCAGCGGUUUUAUUCAGUGAUUUGUUAAAAUAAGUCCACCAAAACAAAAACGACAAAAAACCAUGGCAAGUAAAAUGCAAAAAGAGAAAGUGGGAAUUGUGGGCAGUGGUUUAAUUGGCCGUUCUUGGUCCAUGCUGUUUGCAUCAGUGGGCUACCAAGUGAUGCUGUACGAUAUAUUGCCAGAACAAAUCCAAACUGCUUUGAAGGAAACUCAAAAAGAGUUAAAUAAUUUAGAAGCUAAAGGUCUACUGCGGGGCAAGUUGAAUGCUGCAGAACAGAUAGCAUGCAUUUCGGGCACAACUGAUAUUAAAGAACUAGUGAAAGGUGCUAUGUUCAUACAGGAAUGCAUACCCGAACGUCUAGAUAUGAAACAAUCUCUAUAUAAACAGCUGGACACCAUUGUGGACAAUCAGACUAUACUUUCUAGCUCCACAAGCACAUUUCUACCUUCACUAUUCAGCAAAGAUUUAAAACACAAAGAGAAUAUACUGGUAUCACAUCCAGUAAAUCCACCCUACUAUGUACCUCUCGUUGAAAUUGUACCAGCUCCAUGGACAAAGCCCGAAGCAGUUAAAAAAACACGUGCACUAAUGGAAGAAAUCGGACAGAAACCAGUAACCUUAAGUCGUGAAAUAGAAGGUUUCGCAUUAAAUCGCAUACAAUAUGCAAUUUUAAAUGAAACUUGGCGUUUGGUGGAGGCAGGCAUUUUAGAUGUAAAAGACAUUGAUAGUGUUAUGUCCGAUGGCUUAGGAAUGCGUUACGCUUUCCUUGGCCCAUUAGAAACAGCACAUUUAAAUGCUGAAGGUAUGACCAACUAUUUCGAACGUUACUCAAAAACUAUUUACGCGGUUAGUGAAACAAUGGGUCCAACUCCAAAAAUGGAAGGUGCUACUGCCGUUGAAGUUGCCAAACAAUGUGAAGCCAUGGUUCCUUUGAAUAAAUUGAAUGAACGUCGUACUUAUCGUGAUAAUUGUCUUACACAGUUGAGCAUACUGAAAAGCAAACUGAACAAAAAUAAUUUACAG